AUGGCGCCCUCAAUUGACCCCCGCGCCCCUGGAAAGUUCCCGCUCCACAAUCUUCCUACCCCAGAACCAGAGUCCCCGCUCAGACCUCGCAAGCCUUACCGUUUUUCGACACUAUGUGCGACCGUGGAGAACCCGGAUAUGAAGGACCAGUAUGGCAGUAGCUCAGUCCCCAUCUACCAAACCGCAACUUUCAAAGGUGUUGGCGAAAAGUAUGACUACUCGAGAAGUGGAAACCCCACCAGAAGCCAUCUCGAGCACCAUAUUGCCAAGAUUUCGUCUGCAGCGCAUGCCUUCACAGUGUCUUCGGGAAUGGCUGCUCUGGAUGUCAUUUUGCGCAUCCUCAAGCCAGGAGACGAAAUCAUCGCCGGAGAUGACUUAUACGGCGGUACAAAUCGUCUGUUGACCUACAUCCGUACCCACGUCGGUGUCACCAUUCACCAUGUCGAUACUACCAACCCCGAGACUUUGCACCCCUACAUCAACUCCACCAAGACAGCUAUGGUUUUGUUGGAGUCACCGACAAACCCCCUCCUUAAAAUUGUCGAUUUGGCCAGAAUUAGCAGAGACGUCAAGGAGCGCGCCCCGAACGCGAUCAUAGUCGUGGAUAACACCAUGAUGAGCCCAUACCUCCAACGACCCUUGGAGCACGGUGCCGACAUCGUGUACGACAGCGCGACGAAAUACCUCAGCGGGCACCACGACCUCAUGGCAGGUGUCGUUACCUGCAACCGGGAAGACAUUGCGCAGAAGCUCGCAUUCACCAUCAACUCCGUCGGCAAUGCACUGACACCCAUCGACUCGUUCCUCCUCCUCCGUGGCAUCAAGACCCUUGCACUCCGCAUGGACCGUCAACAGGCUACAACACAAAUGGUCGCUGAAUAUCUCUACACCCUGGGCUUCCAGGUACAUUACCCCGGGCUACCUGAUCACCCUGGGCAAGAGGUCCACGCCAGGAUCGCAGACGGGAAUGGCGCUGUGUUGAGUUUCGAGACCGGGAACAAGGAGCUAAGCGAGAAAAUUGUCGCGGGCACGAGGUUAUGGGGGAUCAGUGUCAGUUUCGGCUGCGUAAACAGUCUGAUCAGUAUGCCCUGCGUGAUGUCUCAUGCAUCCAUCGACCCGGCUACCCGCGCUGCUCGUGGACUACCAGAGGACCUCAUUCGUCUAUGUGUUGGCAUCGAGGACCCUCAUGACCUUCUUGACGACCUGGAACACGCUCUCGUCGACGCCGGUGCCAUCGUUUUGGACGUCGCGCAGAACAAAUACGUCAGAGUGCCAGAUCAUGCUGCACUAGCUCUGGCGGCUAACAAACUUCGCCUCGAGGCUGCUGAACAGAAGCAGGAGUGGUUCAUCAGUGCCCCCGGCAAAAUCAUCUUAUUCGGAGAGCACGCUGUGGUGCAUGGUGUCACUGCAAUCGCCGCAUCCGUGGACCUCCGGUGCUAUGGUUUGGCAACCCCAAGAAAAGAUGGAAAGCUCUCGAUUCGUCUCUUGGACAUUGGCAACUUCACCCAUGAAUGGGAUGUCCAGUCAUUACCUUGGGACGCUGUAACACCCAUCGCACCCGGUGAUGAACAUCCGGAGGAGCUUGAUUACAGACUCGUCGUCGCUUUGAAUGAGAAGGCCUUGCAUUUCAUAGGCGACGAAAACAAGGCGGCCCACGGGGCCUGUCUGGCGUUCCUGUAUCUGUACAUGAUCUUGAACAGAAAUGAAGAAUACCCUGCCUUCGAUUUCGCUGCGCGAUCAACACUCCCGGUUGGCGCUGGUUUAGGGUCUUCAGCAUCCUACUCCGUUUGUGCUGCCACCGCGUCAUUGCUCGUCCACCGUCGGAUAACCCUCCCGCGACCGCUCCCACCUUCAUCAACGGAGCACAUCCACGUCUCGCACCAGGGCCGGCGCGCCAUCGCCCCACAGACAGCAGAAGAAGUGAACAAAUGGGCGUUUGUAGCGGAAAAGAUCCUCCACGGGAAUCCCAGCGGUGUCGACAACAGCGUUGCAGUGUUUGGCGGCGCUCUUGCCUACACCCGUCCUGGAUUCGGCAGGAAAGGUGGAAUGGAAGGAAUUCAGGGAUUCAAGCACUUCAACUUCUUGUUGACUAACUCCAAGGUGCCUCGAGAUACGAAGAAACUGGUGGCUGGUGUGGGUGCUAAAAAGGCAAAGGAACCCGAGCUGGUGAAUAGCAUUAUGGAAGCCAUUCAGACUAUCAGCGAUGAGGCGAGGAGGGCGCUGGCGGAUCCGGAGCUGCCUCGUGAAUCACUGCUGGACGCUAUAUCUGCUCUUAUGAAUGAAAACCACCAGCACCUGGUGACGUUGGGCGUCUCCCAUCCUGCCCUGGAAAGCAUCAGACGCACGACCCAGGCGCACAAGUUGUCGACCAAGCUCACUGGCGCCGGAGGUGGAGGCUGCGCUGUUACGCUUAUUCCAGAUGAAUUCGAGGACAGUAAGCAGCGGGAUCUGAUCAACGCUCUGAUCCGCGAGGGCUUCCAACCCUAUCUCACAUCUGUGGGUGGAAGUGGCCUUGGAAUCUUGUCGCCAUACCCUGAGCAUCGUGCGCUUGGAUCUCGCUCUCGCCGGCCCACGACAGACAGUCUGGGACAGGUGACUCCUCCGGAGACCCCGACACCCUCACUGUUGUCGUCGAACGAGAUCGUGGACGGGUCUGCCAACUCCACCGAUCUGUACCCACCAUUACAUGACACAUUCGUAUCGAGCAGUGUGGCGGAGCUGCCGGUGUGGGCUGGCGACCUGGGACGUUGGUUAUACGUCUGA